AUGGUUUUUGAGGCAGAAAUGGAUGAUGAUGUGAAUUGUACAGUUCCAGAAAUACCAUUAGCACGUUUCGAAGAUGAUACUGAUCUUAUCAAAGUUACCUCACAACAGUCGACAAGUGAUUGCGAGAAUAAUUUGGAAGAAAAUUUUGAGAUUGAAAAUUUGUCGGGAAGUUUGGAAGACUUAGUGGGUACUUUCGAUCAGAAAAUUUCUAAUUGUUUCAAAGAUCUAAAUGAAGGUACUGAAGAAAUAGCACCGGUGCAGGUGCGGUCACAAGAAGAAAUUAUGACUGACAGCCAGAUCUGGUGGACUUUGACUGGAAAUUUUGGUAAUAUGCCACCAUUGGAUUUCUCGAAAACACAAACAAGGCGGCUUCAAUUACCAGCACUUAAUCUUCAGCCUCGUAAGGAGCAAAAUGACCCUGGAAUAGAUUUAUUGGAAGAAGAAGAAGAAGAAUUGAGAAGUGCUUUGGACAUGCAUCAGCUAAUAAGUCAACAUGGACCUUUAUCUGAAUCACCUCCGCAAACAGCUGAUCAAGUGAUCGAAGAAAUUGACCAAAUGCUACAAUCAUGUGACUUUUCGGGAUCAGUAAUGACAGAUCAUACGAUGGAAUCGGUGGAUAGCAUGUAUUCAUCGAUGCGUUCACCGUUAUCAAGUGGACAGUAUGAAAUGGAUAUCAAAUUACGACAAGCUACUGCUAUUACAUCUAAUCCAGAAAAUUUAGAAUCAUUUUCAUAUAGUCGACUGCUUGCACUGAGCGCAGAAAUGGAACAACUUAUACAAGUUUAUAAUGACAGCUUAGUGGAACAGCUAGCGCAUCGCGAUGAAUUAGAAUAUGAAAAGGAGAUGAAGAAUUCAUUUAUUUCUUUAUUAUUAUCGAUACAGAAUCGACAAAAACAUUUUACUAAUGAACGAAAACGGAAAGCACUGAAAAUUGAUCCUUCACAAUUGCCACAAUAUAUGACAGCUACAAUUCCAUACGAUGAAAAUCGACUCUCCUUGGAUAUGAAUACAUUGAUGGCGCUUGUUAAAUUACUACGAGCAAUUGAUGAGGAUAAUCCGGCCGUGCCUGGAAUGCUUACGAACUAUAUCUUGACUGUCCUGUGCCCGUCAGCGUCAUCACCAGUUAUCUCAGAUUUGGUGGCCUAA